ACCACCGCCGCCGCAGCCUCCUGCAGCGCCGGCGGUAAACUCUGCGCAGGUGGCGGCGCUCCAGGUCGAACUGAGCACCGUGCGCGAGAACCUGCGCCUGUCCGAGCAGCAGCGCAUGCAGGAGAUCAGAAUGAUUCAGGAGGCGCUGGAGGAGGCCCUUCAGGAGAACGCCGAUCUGGAGAGCCGCUACCGACGCGACGUCGAGCAGCUGAAGACGGUGACGGCAGAGCGCGAGCAGCAGCUGAUGGAGGACCCCGAGGCGCGCCUGCGUGAAAUGCAGCGCGACUGGAAGCGGCGGCUGGACGAGCGCGAGCGGGCGGCGGAGGAGCGGACCGCCGCCGUCCGACAGGCGGUUGAGGUCGAGCUGCAGGCGGAGCUGACCGCCCUCAGCGACCAGCGCGCCGUCGUCGAACAGAAGGCGGGCGAGAUGCCUCUGUGCGUCGUCGGCCAGGUGGAGCUGCUGCGCUCGUUCGAGGCGGAAGUGGUCCAGCUACGCGGACUGACACAUGAGCUGAUGCGCGAGCUGCGCGUCGGCAACCGCCAGGUGGAGAUGGCCAAGAUGCAGGAGGCGCUGGUGACCGACGAGAACCAACGGCUCAACGAGCUGGUCAGGAAGCAGACCAACACCAUCAACAGCAUACAGAAGGAGCUUCAGAAAGCCCGCCAGCAGUCGGAGACGGAGCUGGAGCAGACGCGCUCGUCGCUGACGGCUGAGUGGGAGGACCGGGUGCGGGCGGAGCGGAGCCGGCUCAAGACCGAGCUGGACACCCUGCAUGCUGAGGAGAAAACCUGGCUGUCGAACUCCUCACCGCUGGCGAACGGACGCAGCAGUGGGACGGACGAGGACGAAGAAGGAGACGAUGCUGAAGAGGACGAUGACUUUGACGAGGAGGACUCCGAGGCGGCCGGAGAGGAGAUUCGGCGAAAGCACCGGCGAGACCUUGAGCACCUGCUACGCGGCAGCCAAGACCAGCGGGCCGCCCUGCAGGCUCUGUUGCAGACAUACGAGACCCGCGCGGCGCAGACCCAGCAGCAGCUGCGCAUGGCACACGCCGAGAGAAGCCGUCCCGAUGCUCAGGAGUGCGGCGACCAGCUGGUGCGGCUCAUCGCCGCCCGAGACGAGCAGCGGCUGAGGCAAACACUGAAGUGA